AUGUCUGGUCAUGAUGAAUCUUCGGAAAUGUCCCUCAGAUGCCCUUCACUCUUUGAAAACGUCGAGGAGGUACCAUUGAAUCUUAUGGAGUCCGCAAUAAAGUCCGACCUUCUCUCCAAACCGCUAGGUUCACACGAGGCGCUUCAUUUCUUUCUUGAGGAGCUCAACAAAGACAACACGCACCCCCUGAUUAAAAAGGCAAUCGAAGCUGUCUUGAGAAGCCCAUCGCUUAGACAAGAUAUCGAGAUUAAGUGGAACCUCUCCCGCAAUUAUGGCUGUGCCAAACGGCGCCAGCACAUGAUGGACAAGCGCGCCCCCUAUGAUUUGGCCUCAUGGUGUAUUGAGAAGUGCCCUCGAUGCUUCAAUUUACUCUUGGAUCAUCAAACUGUUCAGCCUUCUGCAUUUUGCGAAAAUGGCUACAACUUCUUUUGGCUCGCCGUCAGGAGUGGGAAAAACGACUUGAUGCAACGUAUUGUGUCUUUGAUGGAUCUCGAAGAUCUUCUUCAUCCUUUUUCGAUGAGGGAGCCGGAGGCAGACCGAUACACAAUCUUUCAGGCCUCUACCUGGAAUCGGAAAUGGUUUCAAGUCUGCUGGGAACGGCUUAAAUCAUGCCAGGACAACGGUCUUACUUCACUUGGGCCAGAUGAGAUUGGACAUAUAUGUCGAUUUGCCGAUGUGGAUCUUGCAAAAGAGUUAUUGGAAUCAGGCCUAGAUCUGGGAAAAUCUCGCCCAGAGAACGCAUCACCUGGUUGGUUGGAGAUAGUGGGCCGAAAGGAUCCGGAACCAAUGCUGAAUUGGUUCCUGAGCCGUGGCCAUCAGCCACCCGAGAAACUCUUGACGUAUGCCGCGACAUGCAACUGCACCCAAGCGGCAAGCUGGAUUAUGCGCCAUACUGAAAGCCACCUAGACUGGCGUGAGGCUGCGCUUGUAGCGGCGGAAAAUCCAGAUGACGGAAGCGCGGAAAUACUAGAAAUCAUUCUACAAGACCCAGUUGCAAAAUGGAAAGCAGACCAGACUCUGUCACAGAAUAUUGUGAUCAAGACCAUCAACGGAGUGUGCCAGGAAAGAAAGAAAUAUGAAGCUUUUCUGUCCGAUAAGUUUUUCCAGAAAAAGUUCGCGGAAAUGGAGGAUGUUGCUGUUCGAAAGAUCCAAGCUCUGGGUGAAGUAGUUCGAAAUGUUGAAGUUCUAGGUGUUAAAAUCACGGCUAAUGAUACUGGACUGUGUCGCCUUGCGAUGGCGCUGGAGAACAUGAAUCAGCACUGUUAG